UCCUGAAGUGACGCGUCAUGCUGCGAUUUGACAGCUCUCCUAUUAAGCCCCUCUGUAUCUAUUUUCGUUUCGAUUAAAAAUUCCUGUCAGGAAACCCGGGUCGGCAAAGGAAACGACAUGACAUCGACCUCUUUCUACCUGCUCGCCAAACCCCUUACUUUUUUUUUUUAAUCCUAGUUUAGUGUGCUUUUUGCCGCCGCCCCCCGUCUCCAGUCAAGUCACAAGAAGAGACAGCCUCCAAAAAAACCUGCGAGUGCCGUUCUAGGGUGUGCUAACAGUCGCGAAAGACGCUUGAGAUUGGACUAUAAGGCCUCGAAGCUGCUUGUGUCCAAUCCCCCUCACGCUCCUUUUGAAAGCGUUUGUGUGUAUAUGUGGAGCGUUGGGUCUUGAAUUUCUGUCAGGCACUACACUAGAGAGCCCUCCGCGGUGGGUUGGGACGGGAGGGGGACACUGCUCUGGUGGUGCAGCUGCCGCUGUUGCAGGGGUCCUCACGCGGGGAGUCUGCGCACUGUGGUGCUGCCGCCACACCGCCGCCACCGGGGAAGCGAGAGAGGUUGGAAAGAGGGAGGGACGAGGAAAAAAAAAAGAGACGGAAGCCGGGAGGCCGUUCCUGAGGUACUUAGUGUUGUCCCUAAAGGGCGUUUUUCACCCCUGUGGUAUUCUACACGCGCGACCUGCUUCUCUGCGUCUGGUCGAAGGGACGGGAAUGGAGCGUUGGGCGGCGGCCGCAGCGGCGGCGGCUGGCUGGUCGGGCUGGGGUGGGUUGUCGACGGCCGCCUGGGCCCGCUGGCCGGCCUGGGAGCUGUUGGCCGCCUGUGCGGUGAUUGGCGCCUUGGGCUGGCUGCUGCGCUUGCUGGAGAGGAGACCGGGCGGACGCAGAGGACCUGGAGCGAGAGGGGCUGCUGUCUCGCCGCCGCCUCCUCUUGCCGGGGAGAAGCAGCGCUGCCGUGGGAGCCUCAGCCAAGGGACGGUAACAAUGGAUGACAUAUUAUCACGAUUAAAACAGCUAACCCCCGAUGAGCUCAGAGAAGAAAUUGUUAAAGCUGGACAGAAGUGUGGGCCUCUUACACUAACCACCAGAUCAAUUUUUGAAAAAAGAUUGGCCCAGGCAUUAUUGCAACAGCAAGGAGAAUUAGAGACAGAAACAUCUCUUUUGAAUGGUGUACUUGGGACUGCAGCAGCUGAUGCUAGCCAACUGCAAGUAAAGAAACCUUCAAGGAAUCAAAAUGAUCAUGUAGGCUCCUCUGAGGAUGGUGAUUUUGGGUACAGUAUGGGCUUGAACCCACCAGAAGAAGAAGCUCUAAUGCAGAAGACAGAUGUUGACUCUCCGAUAAGUUCUCAGACACCAUCUAAGGAGCCUCUGCUAUACUAUGGUGUAUGUCCGGUUUACGAUGAUAUAUUGGCAAGAAAUGAGAGGGUGCAUGUAUAUGAGGAUAAAAAGGAAGCAUUGCAAGCUGUUAAAAUGAUAAAAGGUUCACGAUUUAAAGCAUUCCCAAAUAGAGAAGAUGCUGAGAAAUUUGCCAGAGGUAUAUGUGACUAUUUCCCAUCUCCAAACAAGUCCUCCUUAUCUUUGUCUCCUGGGAAAGUUUGUUCAGUGUUCAAUAGAGAUGGUUUAUGCUCUCCUGAGAUGGAAACAGUUAGUAAAGAGAGAGCCAACAGUUAUAAAAGUCCUCGUACACAGGAUCUUACUGCCAAGCUUCGGAAAGCGAUUGAGAAAGGAGAUGAAACGGCAUUCUUAGAACUUAUCUGGAGUAAUCCUCGCUAUCUCAUUGGCUCUGGAGAUAACCCAACAAUUGUACAGGAAGGCUGUAGAUACAAUGUCAUGCAUGUUGCAGCUAAGGAGAACCAGCCUGGUGUCUGCCGGCUGUUGUUGGACACUUUGGAAAAUCCUGAAUUUAUGCGGUUGAUGUAUCCUGAUGAUGACAACAUAAUGUUGCAGAAACGCAUUGGAUACAUUGUUGACCUUUAUCUUAACACGCCAGAUAAAGUGGGAUUUGAUACACCACUGCAUUUUGCUUGCAAAUUUGGAAACCCAGAUGUGGUUAGUGUGCUUGCUUCACACCCAUAUAUUGUAAAGAACCCAAGGAACAAGUAUAAUCAAACUCCAGCAGAAGUAGUUUGUGAAAGAAACAAAAAUAAAUCUGCGGAUCUGAAAGAGAAAAUCAGGGAAUAUUUGGAAGGUCAGUGUUAUGUGCCACUCUUCAGAGCAGAAGACAAUGCAUCACCACCUGUGAUUGGAGCACCUUGGUCACCUGAUCAGAUGGAUGAUAGUCCACAUGCUUCUUUACCCAGAUAUUUUGGCAGCCCCAAAGAUCCUGUAUUAACCAUGAGGGCUUAUGCAGGCCCAAUGAGCCCUUCUAAGGCAGAAGACUUUCACAGGAUUUGGAAGACUCCUCCUCGAGAGAGAGCUGGAUUUUUUAACAAUCUUAGAAAAUCUGAUCUGGAAAGAGGGGUUGAAAGAGUUGGAAGGGAGUUAGCUCAUGAACUGGGGUUCCCGUGGGUUGAAUACUGGGAAUUUCUGGGCUGUUUUGUUGAUCUGUCUUCCCAGGAGGGGUUACAAAAGCUAGAAGAAUACCUGAGUCAACAGGAAAUGAGCGAUAAGGCUCAGCAAGAAAAAGGGGAGAAUGAAACCCACAACAGACAUAAAACUCCACAGCCUUCUGGCAGAAGUAAAAAAAGCUGCAAUUCUAUCUCUGUUGGGGCAUUUCUAGAUGAUGAUGAUAUCAGUUUGGAAGAAGUAAAGAACAGGCAGAAUGCUGCCAGAAAUUACAGCCGAACUGUUCCACCCAGUGAACCAACCAUCAGUGGCAUCGGAAUCUCGGAGUGUGAUAUCCUGUCCAUUGAACGUACUGAGAGCAUAAUACCUACAGCAGAAAUGUCUGAUAGGCACUCGGAAAAAGGAAUUCCUGCCAGUAAAAAUGGAUUUUGUAGCCCUGUGACCAUUGAUAGGACAGUAAACCCUCAGCGGAGGCAUCCAAGUAGAGGAGAAGAGUGCCUCCAGACACCAGUCUCCAAUUUAAUGGAAGAAUUUGAUGAACUGGCUUUUCAGGACCAGACAGUGGUGGGUGAAUGUUCAUCAGAGAAGCCAAGCCAAACUGCCACAAAAAGAGAGUGCAAGAACGCUCAAGUGGAAAGUACAAGGCAGCUUAGGAAACCUAAGGACCAUCUGACUAAAACAUAUUCACCGCUUCUCAAGGCAGGUGCAGCUGCUGGAAAGAGUGAGGAUACAAAAAUAAGGACAGAAGAAAAAACACAAGUAGAAGCUGGGAGGCCAUCAACAGAAACUGAUGUCUGGGAAGGGGAGACAAAACAGUCUUGCAAUUCUGAAUUGCAGUCUGAGAUGUCCCCACAAAGCCUCCUAAAAGUCCCAUCCUCGAAUGAAAAAGCCAAGCAGCUAUUUCUCAUAGGUGCGCAGCCAACAAAGCUAGACAAUGAUGUGGUAACUGCAUUACAUGGGAUAGAAAUUGACUUACAAAGAUUCCCUGCUGUUUACAAGUGGAAGAUAUCUGUAGAGUCCUACUCUUCUUCUGUACGGCAAAGUUGGUCAAGUCCAUCACUAAAAGGAAGAUUCAAGUCUCCAACAACUUUGAGCCCUUCAAGUGGUCCAGCAUACUGCAUCCCAGGAAAAAAUAGCCCAGUAUUCAGUAGUCCCGGGAAGUACAAUAUGGCUGCUGUCAGCUUCUCACCAGAUCUUGGGAGCCCUGGACGGUACAACUCAGCAUAUGUGAACCACAUUAUGUUGUCUAAGCGGCAUCUCUUCUCAGGACCACCUGCCCAUUAGAAUGUGACUUUUUAAAAUGGCAGUUAAGUAUUUUAAGGUGGAAAGGGGGAACUAGGGUGUUGAAACACAAAAGUGUGUCCCAGACUUCUUUUAUUUAUUCUUGGGAAAUGGGCUCCUUGCAGUGAAUGUCUUCGUUCCAUUUACCAGAUUAUUGGUGAUUUGUAGAUUAGUAACAGUUACAUUAGAGCACCUGAGGAGUUGACCUAAAACAUUUCCUAAAGUGACUGUGGAUAGAAAUUACCUUUCUUGCACACAUUCAUCCAUGCCCAUUUUGCCAUCACAGUGCUGCUCCUCACUGGCAGCCCUUUCACUGUAGCAGCUGUAGACUAAAGGGAAUGCAAGACAAGUUUUUAAGCCACAAGUCUUCCAGUUGAGCUGAAAGUUGUUUUGUUUCAAGGUACGUGGGCUGCACAUUUGUGGAUUGCUAUUUUAUCUAAUUAGAGCUGGUUUAAAAGAACAGCAAGUGAACACUUUACUGUCCAUUACUGAGAUGUUAACAAAAGCUAAUGAUAGAAAUCAGUGUUUGUUUUGUAUUUGAACAAUUUCUCUACCCCCAUCCCACUUAUCAUGGGCAGAUUUGGCAGUUCUUCAGAAAAAAAAGAGCACAUUAAAAAUAAAGUUAACACUGGCCUUUCAUUUAAAAGUCCAGUUAAUUCGCUUAUGGGAACAAACAAGUUGGAAAGUUACUUCUGUGUUUGAAACUUCUAGAACAGAUUCUGGCAGUUGCAUUAAAAUGUAGCACUCCUUAAAAUGUCUACCUUCUGGCAACCGAAGUUCUGACAUUAUUUUGGAAUGGCUCCUUCAGACUUUAUCCAAGUCUACAUUAUUAGUGGGUAUAUUCACUGCAAGCCUUUUUAGUAGCCUGGUACACUACUGCACAUACAGACAACAUCUAGAAUGGAAAAGACAAAAUUAGGCAUAUUUAUCAUGCUGGAAGUAGAUGGUAGUUUUCAUCAUAGAGCUUUGGUGGCUUCCUUAUACCAGGUGUGAGCAUUUUUGUAUACUGUUUCUGGGUAUGAUGUUUUGGUACAAAAUUCCAGAGCUGCACUUAAGAUUCUUCCAAUUUUAUUAGUGCCUUUUAAAACAUUUUUAUGUUUAAUAUUUUUAUCUUGCUUUUUAAUAGGUGCUGGUGUCUUAUAUAAGCACUAACCGAGUUUUAACUUUCCAACACUUUUGGAUUUUUUUUAAGCUGUCUUUUAUAAUUUAAAAAUUUGAAGGGAUGCUGUAACCAUCCAUUUAUUAUUUUGUACAUUUAAUGUAGGUGGUCUAAAUGUAAAUUACAGAAUAAAUAUUUGCAGACAGGAUGGUUCUUUAUCCUUAUUAUACCAUUGUUUGAAUGGGUUUUUAAAUAUACAGCCUUUCUUGGAUACAGCUCAAUUCUCUUAUGACAUUAGUCUCCAUUACCCAUAUAAUUUUCUAAUAAAUACAAAACAGAGUAUGGUUCAAUAGAUAUACAUAUUGAAGCUGGCUUCUUCUAAUACAGGCAUCUGUAACUGAGACUUCGUGGAGACUCCUCUGUUGCUUCUGAAGGGUAUUUCUUUAGUUUUGUGGUGGGAUCUUUAUAGGUGCCUAUUUUAGCUGUUGGCUUCUAAAAUCCCUCACUGUGGUAUGUGGGUUAUCUAGGAAGUCCAAACUGACUCCACAUAGCACGCUAAAAACGCUAUAUACACCUCACACCGUUCUGUGUGUCUAAGGUACAAAGCCUUCCAUAAUAUUGAAAAUAAGCUCUCAGCGCUCGAUGACCUUAAAACUAGAAGCUAUGCCACCAACCCAAGGCACAGUCCCCUCAUGUAACGCUUUCUCUAUGGCAGCUAAAGAGUAUUAGUGCUUAGCAUCUUCAGAUAUUUGGUUUUGAGAAAACCCAACUUUAAACAAUUUACAUUUUGUUAUGUCUCCUUUGCUUUAUGCUUGUUCUGCCUUUUAGUAUGAGAGUGUAGGUUGUAGUCACCAAGUUCUACUCAGUAUAAACCCGCUGAAGUUAAUUCUGUCCAUUAAUUUCAGUGGGUAUAUUCUGAGUAUGAUUAACAUUGGAUACAAUCCCGUGUUGCUAGAGCACAAACUUGCCAGUUUGUAACACUUGUGUUGUGGUGGGGGAGGUAGGGGUCUAAAGGGUUGGUGUUAGAAAUAUUAAUGUCUAUAAUUCACAUUUGAGUCUUCUUUGUCAAUGUGUUCAAGUGUUUUUUUAAUAAUCUUAUUAAAUUUGUUUAAAAUA